AUGUGUGAUCACACCAUCAACCUGCUUGCAGGUUUAGAAUCUUUAACUGCUUUUAUUCAUCUCUUCCUGCUUAUUUCAGCUGCUGAUUCAUUUUACUACAAAACCUUUUUUGUCAAAGUGAGUCUGAACUGCAAGUCCAAAGACUAACUCACCAAAGUCUUUGGAAUUCUUGACCAGGAUGGGAGUGGCUUUAUUGAGGAAUAUGAACUGAAACAUUUCCUUCAGAAUUUCUCAGCUAGUGCCAGAGCUCUGACUGAUGCUGAGACAAAAGCAUUCCUAGAGGCAGGUGACAGUGAUGGAGAUGGUAAAAUUCGAGUGGAAGAGUUUCAAGCUCUGGUCAAAUCUUAA